UUGUUAGUACGUCACGCUAGGCGUGGCUUAUGUAUUUGUAUUCGUAAAACGUGGAAAUAUUUUUACCUGGCCACGCUACGGGAAUUUUGUCAUUAAUGAAUUCUUUAUUUAAAAAGUCUAGUAUAGACAUGGUGAUUGCCUUCAUGUAAAAAGUCAGCGUCUAAUGCGGCCUUCAAACCUUUUUGGAGACGCUUGAACGCUAAAAGGUCAAAAUGGCAAGAAUAUCGUCAUACUUCUGUAAGGAGUUGGAAUGGGCUUGUGACAAGUGUGAGCGAUGUGGAAGACUGUGUAAGAAAGGUGAGAACUCUAAGUUCGUUCCUCAUCUGUGCACAUCUCGCACGUGUAGCUGGAAUCCACGUGACACCAUGUUGCAAGAUGUUGACAUUAACCCUUUAACUGGCCAAGUUGCCGACCAUUCAGUAAGGUGUCCAGCACACAUAUGUCCAUACCGCCAUUACAGUUGGCAUGUUGCUGAAAUCACGACACCGGCAAUUGGAACAGAACCGCCUGCACCCGAUAUACGAACCUGUGUAUGUCAGCCUAAAUCUGACAAGCCUAUCAAUUUGUCCAUUCAUCAUGACAGCAUUUUCGAUGACGUUGCAACUACCCGGGCGCCCAACUACUUAGUACACCCAGACUGGCUAUCAGAAAAGGUCAACCCACCAAAGAUCUGCCCCUUGAAAAGACCCCCUUGGCCCUGGGAGCAGCCGAGACACAGGAUGAACCUACAGGAACCGAUCACCUACGUGCUCCCAGAAGACGAAAAAAGAAAAGACAAAGAAAAAUGCAUGCCCUACCAUCGCCCCUGCAUAUAUCCACAAGAAACGUGCCAUAACCUCAAAAAUCAAUAUCAAAUGCAUUACUGAACUGUUAUCAUGGCAGGUCAGGUCAGGUCAGGUCAUGCAGAACAAGUUGUUGUAGCACACGCCUGUCAUAGGCGCAGGUGUCGACUUUCGCCUGCUCCUCCGUCCAGGACAGGAUGGUCUGUUAUGAACUUGGUGGUCAUUUUAAAAGAUCCAGAUGGCUAGCUGCAAUAGCUAACGUUUGGUCACUAAGGUAUUGGUUCUUUUGUCCUGCAUGCACCCGAAUUUGCCUGUUAUGUUAAACACGCGGAACCGUCAUGAUAUUGCACGUUAAUGAAAGGUAACUUUUUCAAUAAAAGGCUUGGUCUUGUUGUGUUUGUAUGUAGCUCACUAUAUCGAGUAUCCUUCGUUUGUGUUAACUGGUUAGAAGGGUGCAGACGCCUUAAGUAAUGUGUCAAGGUGUUAAUAGUGAUAUACUUCGUAUUUUCACUUGAUUUUAUUGUAUGUGAAGCUCGUUGACAAAUAUUGUGUUGUAUUUAUAUUUAUAAAAGAUAGUUUUUUGUUGUAUGAAAAUCUUAUAAUAGGGCUUUUUGUUUUAAAAAAUAUAUUCUAAGCCUAAGUUGGUGGAUUUAUAAAUAUUGUUUGGUCCUGGAUUACCUUGUUGGUUUUAAUUUUUGAAACAAAUCUUGCAUGUUAAAUUCGUAUUUCUUCAAAACGCAGACGUAGGCUACCAUGAUAUACAUGUCUUGAUCUCGCAUCAACAAUAGGUUUAUGUAUCUGUCCUUAACUAAAUUAUAUCCCAAUAUACUUUAACCUGUGUUUUUAAAAAACAUUAUGUGCAGAACUUAAACGAAUGAAGAAAAAGGUUGAGUUAGGGUUUGUUUUUGUUUUUUUUUUUGUUUUUUUUGGGGGGGGAGGGGGGGGGGGGUUUCGGGUUUGGGUUUGUUUUUUUUGUGGGGGUUUUUUUUUGGGGGGGGGUUCUAUUUAGCUUUAUCAGUCGAUGUUUAGCAGACUUACGCUUUUUAAAAAAAUCCAGAGAAGUUUAAAAUCACACUUUUCAAAAUGUCGAGUAGAGGUAAGAAGCACUCCUCUAAAUAAUUGGGGAGGAAUCGCACUCUAAACAUGACAUUGAUUUAUAACCUAUGUAAUUUCUUAUAUUUAAUGUCAUGUUUUCAAAACACACUAAGAAAAAAAUGGUUUUGGCGCAAAUGGAGUUAUUGGUUUCAGUGUAAUGGCGUCAUAUUGGGCACCCCUCAGAUUACAUAUUCGUGGGUGGAGUGGGGGCAAUCACACUCUCGACUCUGAAAAACGAAGGUCUGCUCUAGUCUGUCUGCAGAUCCUCUACCACAAGAAGUUUGGAACUCUCUUGUUAACGUAAUACCGUGGUAACACCAAAUCUGUUGUUCUUUGAAGUCGAUUAUUAUUGCUAUUAAACCUUUUGUGAAUCAUGAACUUAAACAACAUUAAUUGACGUAAAAUGAUGCUAUAUAUUAUCUUUUUAUGUCAAUAUAUAUGUAUUAUUAUUAUGCAGUAUUUAACAAUAUAAAAUAUCAUGCCAGUUACUUAAUUGUCACUGUUAGUUUUAGGCCACUAACGACAUGGUAUAUCAGUAGCAUGUCAUAAUUUUUAUAAAGUACUUUUGGUCAUAUGUUUGUUCUAUGUACAUUUUUAAUAAAUGAUGUCCAUAGA